AUUUGUGUUUUGGAAUCAUGGGACGUUCAAGUGAAGUAUAUAAGGAGGUCAGAUUUUUUUUUAACCCAGGGUAAACUUAUUUAUUACACUUGAAGACAGAGAAGACAGUAACCACAAUGAACUGUGUGCUUUUAAUUUUCGUUGCUGUAUUAUUGGGCAAUACAUCUUGUGACAACACAUCCAGCGAAACCAUAAUGCCGUCAAAAACAGAAUCUAGUAUCGAAACAACCGCAACAACGGAUGAAAACACAAAACCAACCAGUACAUCCGGAAUAGACUCGUCUACUGAAACCCCAUCUAGUGUCACCUUAAUGCCAUCGCAAACAGAAUCUGGUACCAUAUCAACUGCAACAAUAAAUGAAGUCACAGCUUCAGCUACAGAGAGUGCUUCCAAAAUCGAGUCCUCUACUGAAACCUCAUCUAGUGUCACCUUAAUGCCAUCGCAAACAGAAUCUGUUAUCAAACCAACUGCAACAACGAACGAAGUCACAGCUUCAGCUACAGAGAGUGCUUCCAAAAUCGAGUCGUCUACUGAAACCUCAUCUAGUGUCAACAUAAUGCCAUCGCAAACAGAAUACAUCAGCGAACCGACUGCAACAACUAAUGAAAACCCAACACCAACCAUGAGCAGUACAUCCACAUCAAAUACACCAACUAACGGUGUUGUCCAAGUGGUGAGUUCCAUGACCAUCAUCAUGUUCACUCUCUGUCACCAAAUGUUUCUAAAAUAAGAGUGACCACAGAUAAAUCUAAAGCAUGUGUGUUUUGUUUUUUAUACCAGAUUUAUUUUUCUAGCUUUUAAUAGUCUGACAAUUUGCUGUAAAGUUAUUUUUAUUUAAUGCAGAUUUAUUCUUGAAGUUAGUUCAACUA